AUGCCUCAAUCACUGGCCUUGUUCUUUUUGGAGCCGCUGAAUGGUGCUGCUUUUGCGGUGGCCGAGGACGAUUCAAACAAGCAUCUUCUGUGGGAACCGAAUGUCUUUGGAAUCGGGCACGUUGCGUCCAAAACCGGGAAUCCCACUGUUUUAGCCACCAUCGGCCGCGAUGGUGAUAUUUACAUCCCAGACGGGAACAUCUCGAGAGUGCAUUGCUCGUUCGAGCUCGAUGCCGACACCGGCAUUGUCAUGUUGUACGACAGAUCCAACAGCCAGACCACCCAGACGGUGGGCAACGACGCCUUUCCGUUUGAAUUCGGACGUCCUCGCAAGGUUGUUGUAAUGCCAGACAUGAAUACGACCUUUGGCAUCGGCGGCAUACGGAGUGAUAAGUACCAAUUUUCCAUCGUGUGGCCCGACGACACCGCGGCGCUUCAGCAACGAACAUCGGCCAUGCUACAGCCGAAUCCGCGGCUUGCCCGGACACUGGACUUGCUCCGUGACACCGCCCUGCCCACAGGUAUGCUGACCCGAAUCCACACGCCUGGCGGUCCUUCGCCGGAUACAAUUCGCUUUCAGAAGAUUGGCGAAAAGCUCGGCUCUGGUGCAUUUGGUGAAGUUAGCAAGGCGGUCAAUGUCGACACGGGGCAACUGCUGGCUGUCAAAACCAUCAAGCAGGUGGGGAGACUUCAACACCCCCAGGAGUGGCGAUAUCUAAAACGAGAAAUCCAGGCGCUCUCUUCGCUAAGUCAUGAACACAUCGUUGAGUUCUUGGGUUUCCAAGGCUCAGACCAACCGGACGCUCAUAUCUUCAUGGCGCUAAAAACGGGUACCCUUCACAGUCUCGUCACACAAAGUCCUGCAUCGUCUGGUGACGAACUGGCCACCACAACGCUGCACCACAUGUUGAAGGCUCUCGACUAUCUCGCCGUGAAGGGACUGAUCCAUCGGGACCUGAAACCAGAGAACAUUCUCUACGAUCCUACACCGGACGGGAAAUACCAUUUCUGCCUUGGCGAUCUCGGCUUCUGCAACUCAGCACGUGUCGCUGUGACCCAUGUGGGCACACAGGGAUACAUUGCACCAGAAAUCAUUUACGAAGAGCCGCAGACUCCCCAAGUGGACAUCUGGUCAUUGUUUGUGACCAUUCUGUGGGUGUUGGACGUCGAUGGCUUUCGUGGCAUUGUCGAUGGGAGUCGGCCAAGGCACGAGAGUAUCCGGAAGACGGUUCUUCAUAUCGCGGCCACCAACUCGCUCGUUUCGUCCAUCAGCGCCAUGGGCCGGCGGGAUCCCGACAAGAGGGCAACGGCAGCCCAGAUGCUCGUCAAGUGCUUCAACGGUGACGGGCUCAGCACCAAACCCGGUCAGAUUGGCCCAAUUGCCCCACUCGUCGACACCGUCACCGUCCCAACAACGCCCACACCAGACCCGUUGUACCGCGCCCGUCCGGCCACGCCUGGCCGGUCGCCUCGUCUUCGGGCAACGGCGGCCGGUGGGAUCCCUGCCACGACCACCACUACCACCACAGCUGCCACAGCCGCCACGAAUGCUACCGGCGCCGCUCCGAACCGGGACUACUUUGCAUUCCGUACCCGUGCUACCCUGCGUCGUGUCCGAGCUCCAGGAGCUGCCUCGCCGUGGCCGUAUCCGCUGGCGAGGCCGCCGCGGCAGCCCAAGCACGCCGCCGCACCGCCAAAUCGCGGCAAUGACAAAACAAUACACGCGUUUCAGCAACGAAACCCCGUCAAACAACCUGAGCCAAACGUGCCCCGGCCCUGUACAAUGCCAGGAACGUUUGUGGAAGAGGACGGAACGCCGUGA